AUGUUCUACAUAAAUGAACGAGAGCGUGCGGACCUACCAUAUCACCACGUCAUCAAAUACGACGACAACGGCGACUUCGUCACCCCACCGGCCGACAUACGUCUGUCAAAUGCACUGGGUUUCCUGGUAACUGCUACCGACACCCCAAUUCUACACCCCGAUUCCCGGUCGCCAUGCAAGGUGGCCUGCGGAUUUCAGCCCCAUGGGUGCUAUCUAUCCCGAGAGAUGGUCAGUCGGUCUCCCAGUUGUCAUGUGGGCUUUCCGAAUCGUAUUCCUGCCGGUGCACGGCGACUAUUAUCUGUUGUGCGGGACUCCUCUUCGACACUACAGCAAGAGCUCCCUCUUGGUACCCUGAUCGGAUGA